AUGGCGUCCGAGAGCUUCGACCCCGAGCGGCCGGAUGCGUUGCUCGCCUCUAAGGGCCAUGAGAGGGAUGUAAGCAUUCCUGAUUUGGUCUUCAAUCUUUCUCAGAUUUUAACGGAUAAUUGUAGCUUUUUUUUUGUGUGGAAUGUGAUUUUCAAGUAACGGAUCGUAGUGUGAUAAGGUUUUCUGCGAAUUCAGUUUUGUCGGGUUUGUCAGACGAAUUUUUCCCUUGAUUAUUCUUGUAAAAUCGAUUUACUAGGCUUUGUGUCUUGUUAUUACGAGCAAUCAAUCGUGUAGAAUUUAUCACAUUCUUUUUUCAAAUGGUAACGUAGUUUUGAUACGUUCGUGUUCUUCCCUCUUUCGAACUUAACUAGGGAUCUAGAGGGGCCGAGAUUGAUGCAACCAGGGAACCCCUGCUGGAUAGGAGCAUUUCCUGCGAGAGCUACUCUGUCAAGGCUGCUGUCCUUCCGUAAGCAGUGAAUUUCCUGUUGGAGUUGACAUUUUUGUUGCUUGCAGUUGAAAUAAACGUAGGGUUUUACAAUUGUAAUUCGUCUUCCGUUAGGUUUCUAUUCCCAGCUCUCGGAGGACUCCUGUAUGGCUAUGACAUUGGUGCCACAUCCGGUGCGACGAUUUCUCUGGAGGUACGUGUCGUGGACUAAUUUCUCUUGAAUUAGAGUACUGAUUGAACUAACUUGUGCGCUCGAAGUUGGUUGGAAGUCACGUUCUCUGGCUUAUCUGUCAUUGUGCGUGAUUUUCAUUGUGAACAAUGAUGUACUGGGUGUUGGUCGUCCGCAACAACGCUAAAUCAAACUUGUUUUCUCCAAUGGAGAACUAUAGGGUUAGACUCUGGUGACGAGGACAGAGUUCAAGUGAGCUUCUAACCGAAGAGUGUGUUAGUGGACUGAGGUUUGGCCAAGAUCGAUACAAAAGAGACGGGAAAGUUUAAUUUUGAUGAAUAACUGGCAUUUAGUUUUUUUAUUGUUUUGUUUAUGAUAGUUAAUUUGAAAAAUAAGAAUGGUGGAGAUGAGAACAAAGUGCAGUUGAGUUUAUGAGAUAAUGAGAAUGCAUGAGAAUGGCAUACAAAAACAAGCUAAAAGUGACAAUCUGAUGAUCUGUUGUGAAGAUUUAGAAUCAGAUCCUUGAAAAAUACGAUAGACGCAAAUAUACUUGGGGGAUGCACGAAAUAAUGUCCGCUGGUUGCCAGAAUGUGGAAAUAACAUCUGUUGUAGUGUGUUCAUGCUCAACAUAGAUUGUACAAUAUGGGCCUUGGAUGUAUAAUUUGCCUCUGCCGGUUGACAUGGGUACGAGAGAUCAGAGUGGUUAGUUAACAAAAAAUAAGGUAUUGUCUUUUUCUUUUGGUUUACCAACCAAGAAUUUUUUCUUUGCAGUCUUCAACUCUAAGUGGAACAUCAUGGUAUGACUUGUCCACAGUUGAGAUUGGGCUCCAGGUUAGUUAACCUGUAGAUCCUAGGCUCCUAGCGUCAGAUUAUCACAUCUUUUCAUUAAAAUUUAGUUUCAUCUACUUACUGAUUACUAUACAUGGAAUUUUCAGGUUAGUGGGUCAUUGUAUGGUGCGUUGAUUGGUUCUUCUCUGGCAUUUACUGUUGCUGACUUUUUAGGUUUGUUCAUUUCUUUUUAUCUUUAAGUUAUCAUAUUUGCUUUUUUUUUUUAAUAGAAUAUGAAAUCACGAUCAAUAUUGCAGGAAGACGAAGGGAAUUAUUGACUGCCUCCAUGCUCUAUCUUUUCGGGGCGCUGCUGACAGCAUUUGCGCCCAAUUUUCCUGUGUUGGUGGUCGGACGCUUUAUUUUUGGUAUUGGAAUUGGACUGGUAUAUGAUGGCUCGCCAUUUCCACUUUUCAAUUUUCUGUUCUUCCCUGACCUCUUUAUCACUAAUAAGAGUACUCGAUUAUUUUUAAUCUUCUGGGAUAAUUGUUCUAGCUACGAUUCAUCUUUUCCUAUGCUGGUUUGGUCCUUGACUAUAUUUGCAUUAGUAAUCAGUAUCUGCCUUGCGAUUCUCCAUUUGAAAACUUUAAAAUGGCGUUUUCUUUUCCACGAAUGAGUCAAUUGAUCAUUUAACCCUUUUGAUAAAACUAAACACAGGCGAGGUCCGAAACAAAUUAUAUGUCACGAGAGCUCCAAGGGUUCUACACAAGAAGAAUUGAUUGUCAUGUUCUAUUUAUUAUAAUAUUUCCAAAUUUAUACACAUUCGUAGAUGCCAUAAGUUUCUGAGGAUAUGAAGCAUGUGAGCCUGUCUUAAAACACCAGGGAUAGUUAUAUCUAGCGUCCACAAAUCCUGAGCUUUUUGAAUUUGUCUGGAAUGUUUAAACUAUAGAACCACGAUAGUCGCCUGAAUGUGGCUUACCCCUUGCUUCACAUGCGUUUUUAUGACAGUAGUCCCGAAACUUGCAUCGGUUGGUUUUCCUACCAGAGUGUCGUAAUUUUUCUGACUUUAGGACGCUAUCUUAGGGACAGAUGAACUGAUUGCAUGAUGCAUGAUGCAUGAUGCAUGAUGCAUGAUCAGGAGGAGCGAAAUAAAUAAGCGUCUAUAACUCAGGGAAGAAACUUUAUCCACCCUAUCUCUCCACUUCUCUUCUUCUGUUCUCGUCAUUUCCCUUUUGCCUAUUUCUGUCUGAAGCCAACUUCCAUCGUUACCUUGUCUCUGCAAUUAGUCUCCCACCGUUCAGUUCCAGAUUUAUCAACCUGCUUGAAACAUGAUGUGUCCUUGGGUUCAGGUUCAUUUGGUGUUUCAAUAAAGUACAUAGGGGGGCAGCCUCACCAUAUCAUGAAUUUACGAAUGCCCCCCCCCCCCCUGCUCCUUUCCUUCCUCCUACCAUAUCCUCCUUGUAUCAAGGCGAAAUAGAAUCGGCAUGAGCUAAAUUGCUUCUCGAUCUGGCCUGUUGGGGAAUUUUCUGACCGAAUCAGGCAACAAUUUAGUUCACAUGUAUUUUUAUUUUCUUUCUCAUAUAUGGAGACAGUACUAUGCACGUUUGAUCCUCUUUAGACUUUUUUGCUUAAUGCAUUAUGAAUUUAAUCCUAGUUUCUUUCAUAUGAUAACAUGCAACCUUAUAUUUCAAAUAAUCAUUAACCAUGCACUUUAGUCAAAUGAUCUUAUGAAUAAGGUACCUGACAAUAUAUUAUUAUUAAACGGGUAAAAUUAUGAAUUAUAUGCAUUCUUUAAUUUCCCCAGGCCAUGCAUGCUGCUCCAAUGUACAUCGCCGAGACUUCACCCAGUCAAAUCCGAGGCAGGCUCAUCUCUCUGAAGGAGCUUUUCAUAGUCUUCGGAAUGCUUGUAAGUCCAAGCCUGCAUUGUGUUAUGGCACUAAUAGAUCCUUCAUACGCUUGACGUUUGAUCUUGCUCUCCAGUUAGGUUAUGUGACCAGCAAUAUCUACGUGGAGAAGGUUUCUGGAUGGCGUUAUAUGUAUGCUUCCAGCGCCCCAAUUGCUUUGAUCAUGGGCAUUGGAAUGUGGUGCUUGCCUCCAUCCCCUCGCUGGCUUCUUCUCUGUGCCAUACAGGGAAAAGGAAAUACAGACGGUGCAAAAGAAAACGCUGUUGGCUGCCUCUGCCGCCUCAGGGGGCGACCUCACGAUGCUUCAUCUUAUGAGGAGAUCGACGGGAUCUUGGCUGAGCUCUCUUACACGGGUGAUGAGAAAGAAGCGGGUUUCAGGGAGAUCUUCCAAGGAAAAUGCUUGAAAGCCUUGAUCAUUGGUGUAGGAUUGGUCUUCUUCCAGCAGGUAGGGAGCUUUUCUGCGCAAUAAUUCACAGAUUUUACUUGCUAUUUUCCAAUGGGAGGAGGCUAUUAUUCCAAAAAUAUCAUCAAAUUCUAUUUUCGGCAGAUUUUUGUCUAAGAAUUUCAUCUGAAUUCAUCAGGUAACCGGGCAGCCAAGCGUCCUAUAUUAUGCAGCCACUAUCCUUAAGGUAAGGAGUUGUGUUGAAGACUGGAAGGCAUCUGUUCUUCACCAUCGUUCUAACUGAUCCGAUUUUGUUGGCAGAGCGCAGGGUUUUCCGCCGCAUCUGAUGCCACCCGUGUCUCAAUUCUUCUGGGCUUAUUAAAGGUUGGCAAGAUUAUUGAAGAUUUUUUUUUUUAAUCUCAUAUUAUCUGAUUUCUUAGUAACCAAGAAAUUUCUGCCUAUUAUAUAUUGGUAUUAAAAAAAAAGUCAACGAUUGAUCCAAAUAUCUUGCAUCCUUCGCAGUUGAUCAUGACAGGAGUCGCUGUUCUUCUGGUUGACCGGCUUGGCCGAAGGCCUCUGCUGCUCGGAGGCGUCUCUGGUAUUGUAAGUGUCCCACUUAAACCAAUUUCUCUCUAUCUCUCUCUCUCUCUCUCUCUCUCUCUCUCUCUCUCUCUCUCUCUCUCACUCUUCUCGAGAGAGAGAGAGAGUAUUGUGAUGGAUGAACUCUGGCUCAAGUCCUUUGUCUUAAAUUCUCCUGCAGGCGGUAUCGCUGUUCCUGCUGUCCUCAUACUACGUGGUUCUCAAUAAUGUACCUAUUGUAGCCGUUAUCGCCCUGCUGUUAUACGUCGGCUGUUACCAGGUACGCAAGUUUCCUUCCUGCACUUUCUACUGUGUGUGUGGUGGGGGAGGAAGGGGACAACGGGCUUUGGGCCGGAUCUCUUCUGAGCCCGGGCCAAAAUAAUAUGAAAACGCUAGUUAGAAAAAAAUGUAUUAUUUAAUUAUUAAACCAUAAGUUAUGGGCCUGCAGCUAUCUUUCGGGCCCAUCGGCUGGCUGAUGAUCUCGGAGGUAUUCCCUCUGCGCUUGAGAGGGCGUGGACUGAGCAUUGCUGUCCUGGUCAACUUCGCCUCAAAUGCCCUGGUCACUUUUGCAUUUUCACCCCUGGAGGUAUUCUUUCUUUCCCCAUUUUAUUUCUUCCUUUUUUUUAUAAUACCAAAAAAUCGUGCUUGAGUGGAGCACAGCGGGCCAUGCAUCUGGGCCCUAAAGUGGGUUCAGGCCCGAACUCACACGAAGCACAGAUAGAGAGAGAGGAGAGAAACUGGUUUUCUAGCUCUGGGCCGAAAGUCUGGGCCUCUUUAUAUUUUCCAAGCCCAUAAAAAAACGGGCCGGGCCCAGAUCCUAGGGUGAUGACACUGAGCGGCCCGAUUUGUGGCUACAGGAUUUGGUGGGGACCGCAGCUUUGUUCGGGGGCUUCGGGGUGAUUGCUGUUCUCUCUCUGGUCUUCAUCUUCUUCGUCGUCCCGGAGACCAGAGGGCUCACUCUAGAGGAGAUCGAGGCCAAGAUACUGUAG